GUCACGUGGCCCGGGGGAGACUUGAUAGUGUUACACACGGCAGGAAUGGGGGGGCUAUGUACCGGCAGGGUAGGCUGGCGUAGAUGAUUAUAACAUCGCUGUGAAAUUUUUCUGGAUUCAUUCGUUUUUCAAGAAUUUUCAGUUCCGUAAAUAGUAAAAAUGUUGAAAUAUUCCGAUCGGGCUGUCAACACGCGAGACUCCGUCCUUAGCUGCUUAUACUAGUUUCUUUGUGUACCGACGCGAUGUUGGCGAUAACUGCUGGAAAGAUUAUCCAAAUUAUGGAUUGACACGCUAGCUACACGCGACGCUGCCUGUAUUCGCUUGAGAAUCGCGGUGAAGUUAUUCGGUGCUAUUUUACUGCUAAUGCGACUAUGUCGUAAUCACCAUUAGCUAUGUUCCCGGACAAUUGUGUUCGAUGUGACACAAUAGGCAGUGAAAUCAUGAAGGAAGUGUUGCGUCUUACAUGAUGCCGCUUGCAGUUGUUUAAUUUGAUUGCUGGUCAUUGAAUAAGGGGAGGCGAAGUUUACCUGUAGUGUUCAGCUAGUGACAAGGCUAUAGGCGGCGGAUCGUGAGUCAGGAUGCCGGGAAUGGUCGUGUUUGGCCGGCGGUGGGGUAUUGCGAGCGACGAUCUGGUGUUCCCCGGCGCCUUCGAGCUGUUUAUUAGAGUUAUCUGGUGGAUUUGUACCCUGGUUCUUUACACAAAUCAUAAGGGCCGGUUUGAUUGCCCUGGCGGAUCUCUUCUACACACAUACCUUGUUGUGCUACUGGUUCUGCUUGCCGCUAUAAUUUCAUCACUCAUUGCAAUUGUUUAUGUCAGUGCUCAGGGGACAAUCACAAACUCGGGGCCUCGCCGAGCUAUCCCCGCACUUCUCUGUUUGCGAGUACUGCUGUGUUUUCCCGAGCUCAUUUGGGCAUGUCUUGGUGCCAUAUGGGUAUCAGAUGACAGUCAAGGCUGUAGAGAAGCAGAAAUUGCAGCAGUGAUUGGUGCAGUCAUUGCCAGCUGGGUCAUCCUGUUUUUCACAACGAUCGGAGUGGUCGUUGUGUUCGAUCCGCUGGGUGGCACGCGGUCCAGGGCCGAGGCGAGUUUUGAGCCAGUGAUGCGGGACCUGGAGAGCAGCGGAUCGAGGCAGCUGCUGCACACGGCGCGAUCGCUGGCCGUGCGAGUCUGGGAGUGCCGGCUGCGCCUGCUCUGCUGCUGCCUGCCCCAGGACGACAGUAACAGGGCGGCCUUCUCCAGCCUCGCCCAGCUCUUCAGCGGCUUCUUCUCGGACACAGAUCUGGUCCCCAGUGAUAUCGCCGCCGGACUCACUCUACUUCACCAAGAGCAGGAUAAGAAUGAACGGACCCGGGACCCUGAUGAAGUGAUGACCCAUAGCCCCUCUUCUCCCAUAAGGGAAGACUUGCAGACGGAGCUGGAGGGGGCCACCCACUUCAUGCAGUUUGCGUUCGCUGCGUACGGCUGGCCCCUGUACGUCUACUCGAAGCCUUUAACUGGUGCCUGCAAGCUCGCCAGGGAAUGCUGUCGCAGACGGGCUUCGGAGUUCGACCCCAUAGAAGGAGACCAUCUGGGCUGCCAUUUCACCUCCGUUCUGCAGAGCACUGGGCUCCAGUACAGAGACUUCAUCCACAUCAGCUUCCAUAACCAGGUUUACGAGAUCCCAUUCUACGUGGCUUUGGAUCACAAGAAGGAGGCGGUUCUGGUUGCCGUGAGGGGGACUCUGUCGCUCAAGGACGCGCUGACUGACCUGUCGGCCGAAUGUGAGGACUUGCCAGUCGAGGGUGUGACCGGCACCUGCUACGCCCACAAGGGAAUUACACAGGCUGCAAAAUACAUCUACAAGAAACUUAUCAACGACGGUAUUUUGACCCAGGCCAUCAGCGUUGCUCCUGAAUACCAGCUGGUGAUUACCGGCCACAGUCUGGGUGCGGGAGCGGCAGCGGUGCUGGCUAUCCUACUGCGCAGCAUGUACCCCACACUGCGCUGCUAUGCCUUCUCUCCACCAGGGGGCCUGCUGAGCAAAGCCCUUGCGGAUUACACCAAACAGUUUGUCGUCUCUGUGGUGCUUGGGAAGGACCUGGUUCCCAGGCUGAGCAUCCCAAACAUGGAGCACUUGAAAGGCAGGAUACUGAAGAUGGUUUCCAACUGCAACAAGCCCAAGUACCAGAUCCUGCUACGCGGUUGCUGGUACGAGGUGUUUGGGGGCAAGCCGGAGGACUUUCCCACGGAGCUGGAGGGCUGCAGGGAUGAUCAGCUGACACAGCCGCUGCUUGGGGAACACAGGCUCCAGCAGCGGUCGCUGUCAGACCAGAGCCUGGCCUCUGAGGAGUCCCCCAGCCACGUCACCCACCUGCCCCUCUUCCUGCCAGGCCGCAUCAUCCACAUCACAGAGGAGGGGCCCUCCCACAGAUCGUGCCUCUCGCAGCCCAGCUACCGGGCCCAGUGGUCCAGCGAGACGACCUUCUGCAGCAUCCUAAUCAGCCCGCGCAUGAUCACCCACCACAUGCCCGACCUGGUGCUGUGCGCCCUCCGCAGCCUGACGCAGGACCUGCCCGUCCCCCUCUGUCCGUCUCCAUACAGCAACAGCCACCUCAAUGUGGUCUGAGCCAGACCGCUGUACCGGUCUCCGCCUUCCACGUGCGGUGAAUGGAGAGCCUCGCGGAGAGAUGAAUCCCUUACCCGGACCUGACCACCCUUCCAAACGCACUCAUCAGUCUAAUGGCCGUGAUUCUGUGAGGGGGGGUCCGCUUUCCUUCCUUUCUCACGAGUGGAUUUGGGUGAACAAUCCCACGAUUGAAACACUUUCUGCUUAACUGCAAUGAAUACUGCUGCGUUUGCAUUCCGGCUAUAUGAGUUUCGACUGUGGUUUUAUUACGGCCCUGGGACUUGGAGGCAUGUCGAUGGAGCCGAAUUUGUACUUAUUCUGUGUGAGUGUGUUUUGCGGUGUGAGCAUUUUAUAUUGUACAGAAAUAAUGGAGGUGGAUAGCACAUCCGUGCAGUAAAAUGCUCAGAAAAUACCAGCUCACUGAGACCUGCUGAAGCUUCACCGUGGACAAACGUCCACAAAAUCAUAUUCCAUAUUCCCUGGAAAUGCAUUAAUGAUGCACGAUGCUUUAUUUAAAUGUUUACUCUUUUUUUUUUGCAUGAAUGGUCUGGGCUUUUCAAAUGGUAACAAUUACUCAGAUUCGAUUAUGUGAAGGGUGGUCAUUUUGUGUCCUGCAAAUGAAUUAUACGGAUGUAAUCUAUUAAACCUCAAGGCAAGAAAUUUUCAAUGGCCAAUCAUCUUUUAGUAGAAAUGUACAUUUUUUUGUUUGUUUUAUUUAUAUAAAUUUUUAUUUAUUCUGCAGUUUUGUUGCCUUGCAUUCUACAGACCUAUUAGUCAAGGUAUUCCAUUUUUAAACUGUUUACAUAUAAGUACAGCACCAUUUGAUAUAAUUUAAUUACUUUGUCUCUGGGUUAAACAUCUUUUGGAAAUGUGCUGUUGAUAAGCAUUUUAUGAAUGCCAUUUAGCAGGGAUACUGUUUCAAGGGCCACGAAUUAUCUGAUACAGAUUUUUCUCGGUAGUUAAAGGAUUGUAUUUGUAUUUUGGAACAUUGAGGUUAAAUCUGUAUGUGUAAAGUUUGUGUCACGUCUUAAGGGGACUUAGUGAUCAAUUCUAGUGCAUGUUUGAGUGAUAAUCUAGUAGAACGUUAUGUUUACUUAUCUUUAUCCUUUAAUCCCUGGUCUUGCAAGAUGGUUGCAGCUGGUCAUAUUCCAGCCCCAUUUUUGAAUUUAUUGUUUUACAAAUAAAUCACAAACAAGCA